CUCACGUAAAAUACCUUUGCAACUUUGCUAAAUAACUUCUUUAGUAGACGGCCAGUAAUCGGAGGAGGCAUGAAAGAUGUUACCAAGCAACCCAUGGACUCCUGUACGCAACCGGCCCAGGACCAGCAGUGCUUCAGGGUGACUAUAUUAUUAAUAAGACAGGGAACCGCCUGCCCCUGGACAAGUGUCGUCCCGUAUAGACAUCGUGUAAUAGCAGAAUAAUGUCAGCGGCAAGUUCUUGGCUGCGGAUCCAAAACAGCCAACAUCGACGCAAAGUGUGUGAGUCUGAUAUCGGAAAACUGACCGGUAGUUUCAUUACACAAGGAAACCCUUCAUAUUUCCCCUCCCUUUGACAAAGCGCAGAAGCUUCACAGAGAGAAUUAUGGAAGAUUCUGAUGAGGACAUUGAGGGCCAGGACUCGUCCCACCCUCCGCGUACGGCGGUCCUGUGGGAGAAAAGCUUCGAGCAAAGCAUCUUUGUGGACCUGAGUGAGGAUGAAAGUCUCCACUUCAGCGACCUGGAGAGUUCCUUUCCUGUGCGUCUCACUCAGUCUGCCGGCUCUGAGGCCAGCCUCCAACUCAGUGGGAAUGCAGAGUUGUCAGCCCUGGAGGACUCCUCUUCUUCAGAAGGCAAUGGUUCCAGCAGUAAGGAUGCAGAGAAUGUCCUGAAGUCCAGGGGCAACAACAGUAUAAAGCAGGGGUCCCCUUCCAGACCCAGGAACAUACAAGCUGAACCUCCAUCCCCCCGGGACGAUGAAGACCUGGCGCAGAAUACAAGCGAUGAAGACCAAGAAGAUUUGCCCUUUGAUGGUGACUUGGGAAGCCCUUACUUUAACCACACGUCCAGCACUGAGAGCACUAUGAGCUCUGAGGGAAGGGAAACCCCACACGCAAGCCCUGAAUUGACCGGGCCAGUAGACGGCAGGGAGAACCAUGCUGCACAAAAUCAUUCUCUCAUUGAGAUGACCACUAAGGAACCAGACCUGAGAUCCCAAGAGCUGAGCGGUAAUCCAGCCAAGGCCCAUAGCAGUGCCACACCGGCCAACCUGGCCGCUCCCACGUGCAGUAGUCCUGUUCCUGUCGCCCAACAACCAGACAUCACCCAGCUUUUGUUGAGACACUUCUCCAGGGAGGAGCUCUGCUGCUCAGGUAAGCUGAUCGAAGCGGAAACCCUGCCAGAGGUGUCCCUCCUGGACAGCAUGGACGACACCCUGCUCAGCACGGCACUGAAAAACAACCCAACGGGGAUUCCUAGGAAGCAUAAUCUAAGCAGGGGGAGCCCGACCGUGGAUAAUUAUACUAAUCAGGGUGCACCCGAAGGGAGUUGUGACAAGACUGCCGAUGAUGGGAGUGAUUCAGACAGUUUGAAGCAUGAUAAUAGUGUUACGGAGGACCUCUCCUCUGCUCCACGUAGCAACGCAUCAAACAGUAACUCUUCCGAACACCAGAGCGAGGAUCUGCGACUAAUGAGGAGGGAGACUGCUGUUAAAAGCGACAACGUUCCUCUGGUCCGUGCCCGCUCAUGCGGCGAGCUGAAGUACGGCCAGGGUCAGGUCCACUACCCGCUGCCCGACUUCUCAAAGGUGUCGCCCAAGGUGAAGAUCCCCAAAGGCCCCAGCGGAACCAACACCACCACCACCACCACUACCACCAACACCUCCACCAGGUCCCCAGCCCAGCCCCCCAGCACCAUGCACAGAGCCCAGUCAACCCCAGGCGUACUGGGGCUGGUAAGCCGGGUGCUGGAGGACUCGGACCAGGCUCCAAAGAGGCCCUUUGUGUUCCCAGACCAGGAGAAGCACACCACCAGCCCAGGGAUGGUGCAUCAUCUACAGGCGGAAUAUGAUAAACUGCUAACCAAAUACGCAGAAGCAGAGAAUAUGAUCGAUGAAAUGAGGCUAGGAAACAGACCUCAGACACCCUCUGAAGAUCUGCUCAGGUUUGACAGUGUGAAUUAUCAGGGACUCCAAGGGAGUCAUUUUGAAUCCUCCGUGCCUCCUCUGUCUCCUCCAGCAGUACAAUUUAGUGAGGAGCUUGUGCACAGGAGCACCAUUGAGCUGCUGAAUCAAGAGUCAUUCAACCAGCCUAGUGAACAAGAUCCUACUGAUGGUGAAAGAAUGACCAAUGAGCUACGAGACAUUAUCAGUGAAUUCAUGAAAAAGGUGGAGGAAUUCAAAGUGAGCCUUAACAUUACCCCAGCCUUCAUCAGCCUUGAAGAUCAGCAAAUGAUGUUUAGGAGCAUGGUGGAAGCUCAGGAUCAGCUGGAGAGGAAAUACAUCAGCAAUAAGGAGGAGCACCGAGCUCUGGAGAUGCAGAACUACAUUGGUCUCCGCAGGAACACCGGCGUCUUUGACCCUGACAGGCUUGUAGAGGGAGACAUAUUCAGGAUAGGCAUGCGCUUGGAGGACAUUAAAGAGACCAUAGACAGAAAUGUGUGCAGCCAGCUCUCCCCUCCCCACUCAUCAUCCACACCCACGUCCAAGCCCCCUAUGCCAUCGCUGGCCGUGAAUCCCAGUCAUCCUCACCUUUCCGACACCUCACUCCCUUCAUCCCAGCAUAAGCAGCCAGGUGCCUGGUUCCCUCUCUCGGCCAAUGAGAUGUGGGGAGCGGCGGCAGAAGAAGAGGAGGAGCAAGAGGAGGAGGAGGAGGAGGCCAGUGAGGACCAGGGCGACAGUGAGCUGAAUCAAAGCAGAGAGAGCUCAGCGACUCUCUCCUCAGAAGACAGCAGCCCUCCACAGCGCUCCCAUACACAUCCCCACCGGUUACAGGAAUCUCUUGAGGGGCCGGACAUCACUGCUACUGCUGCUGCUGCUGCUGUUGACGAUGAUGAGGAGCAGAGAGUGGAGAGGAGCUGCAGCUUCUCAGAAAGGAAGGUUUCCGACAACGUCUCGGCCUGUGUGACUGAAACCACUCCCUCAUCAAGACAAACACAGUGGACGCCUGAAAGUCUUUUCACCCAGGACAGUACCCUGAGCGCGGGCAGUGAGUGGGAGCUGGCCGAUAGCAAUGGCCUGGCUGCUAAUGACAGUCAGGCUGCUAAUGAACGCCUAGAUGCUAGCUACAGCCUUGUUGCUAUUGAUAGCCUGGAUGCUAGCGAUAGCCUAGCUUCUAGUGGUAGCCCGGCUGUGGAGUGUUUCUCUUCCUCGAAUGCUUCAGAGACCCAAAGCUUAUGCCUAUCACAGAGGAUCGUCAGCCCAGAAACUGACAGUGGAUUUGGGAGCUCUGACCUGCUUCAACCAGGCGUAGGAAUAUACCAGUCAGAACUACUCGCACAGAGCGAUGCCGUUGUGGUGCAUCCUCACAGCGGUGGCCUGAGUGCCUCGGACAGCGAGGACUCCAGCUCAAACCUGCAGACCGCCGUCCCCCCCCGCGCCCCCGCAGAGCAACCCAGGGGGAGGAGCAGCCGGCCCACCGCCGGCCAAUCAGACGCCCGCAAACACACCGACGCGCCCGGCUGUGGGGCGGCUACAGCGGUGGAGCGGUGGGUGGAGAGCACCGCCAAGGAAAGGCCAAUCAGGCGCCAGGAUCAUCUCCGCCAGUUCCGCAGCAACCAGGUUAAGCACCACCUAUCAGAGCCGAGCCUCAGCACAGCCAUGCAGGCUCCCCUGGGAUUGGACCCACUGCACUCUUGCUCCUGCAACAGCGAGGCCCUGGUGGCCCUGCAAAGGGAGAUGUCCCAGCUGAAGAAGGACCUAGAGGAUGGUUUGGUCCAGCUCCCCCAUCUAGCUCAGAAGAUGGACUAUCUCACCUCUAAGUUCAACCUGGACCGCCAGUCCAAAACCCGACAAACCCGGAUAACCCACCACCGUGGGUUGAAGUCCUUGGGCAGCCGGGAGGAUGGGAGCCAGCCUGGCUCCAGUCGGUGGAAGUUAGAGGACUGGAUCUCAACGGACAUGGAGCAGAGCAAGAGUAAAGAUAGUGGUCAGGCAGAUGACUCCAAGGUGAUGCUGCAGUUCAACAAUGCACCAGUAGGGGACAGUAGAGGGAGCAGCAGUAGUCUCUACCUGUGUUCUGAGCUGCCCAGGGCACCACAAGGCAAAAGACAUGCCUACAGAGGGAAGGAGGUGAGGAGAGUGCACUCCAAAGAGAAGUUGUCUCCCCUGUCUCCUCCACCUCUCCACAAGCCGCUCCUCCAGGUCAACUACACCUCCUCCUGCAGCCUCCCGGCCAGUUAUAAAGUGGGAGAGGCGAUGCAGUCGUCAUCCAACCAGCGGAAGCGCUCCGUUCAAUCGGAUUCCGCGCUGUUGCCCAGCAACGUGUUCUUCCAGCGCACGCCGUCGCCAGCGUUGGAGUAUCUGAGGACAGACAGAACGGCCCGACGCAGAGGGAGCAAGGAGGAAGAGAUGAACCGGACACUGGACCGGGCUAUUGAGGCGGCGCGCAGUAUGAAGAGGACCACUGACCGCAUGGCCAAGAGCCUCUCGGCAGACCUGGCUAAUAAGGCUCAGCUCCAUAGGAGGCCGCAGCAUGCGCGGCCACUAGGGGGCAGAAGAGGGAACGCCCUGUGACACGGCGGGCUACUGAAUCACUUCGUCAAGUUGAACAACAGCUUAAGGGUAACCAUCAGGGUCGCUUUAUUCAAGUAAAAGAGUAAUGCUUUAUACGAGUGUUGUGAAAACAUCAACAUCAACUCGGUUUCUGCAUGUUUUUCGCAAAAAAAUUGGGCCCUUCUAACUCAUUGGAUUUGCUUUCUCCAUUGGUCCAAUUUGGAAUAAUGACUCAAUGGUCGAAACAGAGUGGAUGUUGCAGACCAUACUUUUUUCCCAACCCCAAUAUGAAGCAUUAUUCUCUUCUUCAGAGCGUGACAGGUCCCCUUUAGGAUAUAUCCCUGGAAUAGAAGUAAAAUGUGUAACAUUUACCUAUUGUUUUUUACCAUAUAGUAAUUUAUUUAAAUAUAUUUUGAUGUGCUUAUUAUAUGUGAUUAUUUUACCUGUUCUUAUUAAUUAAAUUUUGUAUUUAAUUUGCCGUUCUAAUGUUGUAUGUAUAGAAAAACAUCACAAUCGCAAUCACAUUACAAAUCAGAAAUCUUGAAAUAGAAAGGGAAUGCAUUUUAAUGUUGUUUCUUAAUAAAAAACCU